UUGCACACUCUUUACACUCAUUCAGUAUGAUAUUUGCAUUCCGAAUUCUACUGGCCUGUUUGACGGAAACGUUGCAAACAUGAGUACUGUGGAAGCUGCGGCUUCGUUAUUUGGUUCAGAUGGUGAUGUUGGGCCGGAUCCGUUUUCGGUUAUUGGCAACGAGGAGACUGACACGACACCACCUGCCGGGUUGGCGGUACAUGAAUAUGGACAGCACGAGUCUGCUUCUUAUCCAUCUGACAUGGACGCUUCCAGCUUGUUCGCUGAAGACAUUCCCAAGGGCACUCAGCCUUUUGAACAAGAUCCCUGGUCAGUUGCUGUGGACCACGAUACCAGUGUUCCUGAACCAGGCUCCUGACAGCUCGCAAUACUCUGCUGCCGGUUACGAACAGUCUCAAGAGUGGUCCUCUGCGCCUGGUUACUCCACGACUCAACCGCAGGUCUCGUAUGUCCAACAACCAGUGCAAGGAGGUCAUAAUGUUAGCGGUACAGCAAGUGCUUAUCACCAGUACACACCGGACCCAACUGCCAAUUCCUCGCAAUGCGGCGGGAGUCAAUAUCCAAGCCAACCAUAUGUGCCGGUCCACGGCAGCUACGAUCAUUACAAACCCACCGUUAACAUCGCACCCACUCGCGCGUCACAACCACUUGCUGCACCUGCCGACUCUCAGACAACCGACUCUCAGACAACAUACGAGCCGUAUAACCCUAUGACACGCUCGGUUUCUCAACCUUAUUCGUCGUUUGCGCAUGCUGCACCUCCUAAGCCAGCUUCUCCCAGCAUCCCUCCUCCUCCUGCUCAAGUUCCUCCUGCGAUGUCGGCUGCAUCUUAUCGUCCACAGAAGUCGAAUGCGUAUGACCCCCCUCUUCCUCCUCCGAAGGUGCCAAAGCGUGCUGUGAGCGCACGCGCACCAUCAUUGGGACCUUAUACCUCGUAUGGCCAGCCCUCGCAAAUCCCUCCUGUACCCCCUGUACCCGCUGUGCCUCCCCCUCCCCCUCCCCCUUCUAAUAGUACUUGGUAUGGCAGCCUUUCCGGUAAUGUGGCACAACCUCCAGUUUCCCAUCCACCUCCACGAGCGCAAGUGACACGUCAGCUUACAGGCGCUUUGGGUGUUACCUCGCCACCCAAGCUUCUACAGCAGCUUCCACAACCGACUAUUGGCAAUCAUUACACGCAACAUAGUUUAUCUCAAGCAGGCGCUCGUACAUCCCCAUUGGCUGCCCCUCCUGUACACGCGAAUCCCCCGACACCCCCACAAAACUCUUAUGAGCAGGAAUUACUUGACGAGGCACCUACUCCUAAACAGGGUUCAUCUAGCUCAUUUGCGGAUGUCAUCCAACGUGUUAUCUCUCCUGCCACUGAGACAUAUCCACUACCAAGUCACUCAGAGAGUCGUGCCUACACAUCUGAUGAUAUGCCUUGGGACGAUCCGGAAAGUUUGCAGACGGAUACCGAGGCAACAUCCUCUUCUUUGCAUGCCGUUCGAGAUCCCUACACGCUUCCACUUCCUGCAGAGUAUGCUAGUUUGAAUGGUUCCACACAGCUGCAUAGCAGCCCACCUUCAUCCCCAGUCUAGAGGCAAGGUGCAUCAACACCAAGACACGAUGAUGAUGCGAGGCUCAGUGCUACGGCGGUCUCCUUCUCAUUCCAGAGAUGGAUCCA